GGGGGCGGACGGCGGCGGGCUGAUUGACUUGUUCGGGUAGUUCCGGGAAGCGCGCGGCGUUAGUCGGCGCUCCCUUGCCCCGCCCCACUGCUCUCUUCGUCACGCGCUCCCCUCCCCUUCCGCCCUGCUGCCUUGUCACCAGCUGCUGCGGGGACCGGGGAACCUCCGCGGGACCAUGGCCGGCCAGCAGGACAAGGCUGCCUUAAUUAGCGAAACCAGACGGCGCUUUGAGACUGAAUAUGUGCCAGAUAAAUCAGAUAAAUAUGAUUCCAGAGAUGUGGAAAGAUUGCAGCAAGAUGAUAAUUGGAUUGAAAAUUAUUUAAUUUGGCGUCAUGAUGUUGUGGAUGAUACACUGAAGAUGAUUGAUGAAAGCUUUCAGUGGAGGAAAGAAUACAUGGUCAACGAUUUGUCUGAAGCUGCCCUUCCAAAAUGGUUAUUUGAAAAUGGUGCUCUUUACCUGCAUGGAUAUGAUAAAGAGGGCUACAAGUUAUUCUGGUUCAGGGUGAAGUUUCAUACAAAAGAUCCCAAACUGCAGUUUGAAAAAAAGAAGUUUGUAGCCUUUUGGUUAGAGCAUUAUGCCAGAAGAGAGCAUGGGAAGCCUUUAACAGUGGUGUUUGACAUGGCUGAAACUGGAGUCAGUCACAUAGACUUGGACUUCAUUCGGUUCAUCAUCAACUGUUUUAAAGUUUAUUAUCCUAAUUACCUCUCAAAGAUAGUGAUCUUUGAAAUGCCAUGGAUAAUGAAUGCUGCUUUUAAAAUUGUGAAGGGCUGGCUUGGUCCAGAUGCGAUAAGCAUGUUGAAGUUUGCAAACAAGAAUGAAGUGCAGGAAUACAUCAGUGCAGAGUAUCUGCCUGCCUACAUGGGUGGAAUUGAUACUUUCAAGUACAGUUACCCUCCAUUGGUUGAUGAUGAUUUUCAAACUCCAUUAUGUGAAAAUGGACCUAUUACUACUGAAGAUGAAACUGAAAGUAAAGAGGAGGCGGAAGCAGACAGCAAGGAGGCUGGAGAAUCCAGUGAAGAGCAAAUUCUCAAUGUGAAAAAGGUAUGUUCUGUAGAACAAAUUUCCAAACCAGACGAGAAUGACAAAACAGAUUCCAAAACAAAAAAUGCAAAGAAAGCGUUAACCAUUUUUAAAGGACCGUUAUUACAUAUAAGUCCGGCAGAAGAGCUGUUUUUUGGAUCCAAAGAAAUUGGAGAGAAAAAAUGCUUGAUAGUUCUCACAAAUGUGACUAAAAAUGUAGUGGCCUUUAAGGUGAGAACAACUGCUCCUGACAAGUAUAGAGUUAAACCAAGUAAUAGUAGCUGUGAACCUGGUACAUCAAUAGACAUAGUUGUAUCCCUCCAUGGUGGUUUUGCCGCUUCCCUGCAGGACCGUUUCCUGAUAAUGGCAGCAGAAAUGGACCAGGCUUCUGGAGCAGGCGUACCAGAAUUAGCUCAGUUUUGGAAAGAAGUCCCUAGAAACAAAGUGAUGGAACAUAGGUUAAGAUGUCAUGUUGUAGAAAGUAGCAAGCCUUCUACUCUGACAUUAAAAGAGAAUUCAUUUAAUAUUCCUACAAAAACCAAUGAAGAUUUACACUUACAGCUAACUCAGUUAUUACAGGUUAAUAGAAGACUUCAAGAGCAGAUUGAUCGCUGUGUCUGGUUCCAGCAGCUAAUAGUUGUAUUAGCAUUGUUCUUAGUUGCUAUUGCUACCUUUUGCUUCUUCCUGUUGUACACUCAGAGAUGCUAAACAGCAAUGCUUUGCACUACACGUGCUGGCUGUGUUAAUCAGUUUGAAAAGAGAGAGAAUCCAAUGCUGCUCCAUUAAACCCUGAAACUACCAAAAAUGAGAGAGGUCUGUACUGUGAAGUACAACGUUGAGUCAUACUAUUUGCUGUUAAAAGAAGAAACGAAAGACCAACGAGCUCAGAAAUUUACUGAAACUGUCUUGACAUUUACAGUACAGGAAAAAGAGGAUAUUAAAAGAGCUAGGAGCUAUGUUUACUGGACAAGUUAUUGAAUAUUACCAAACAGAAAAGAUGAGUAAAUGUAACAAUAUACCGUAACUUAAAACUACAUAGAAUACAUUAUUUUUCUCUUUUUGGUUGAACUACUUUAAAUGUCACCUUUUUAGUUUCAUUCAUGCUCAUGCAUACAGGGUAUACUAAAAGGUGCAAGCAGGCUGCUUAAAUUUAUUUUAAAAAAACCUUUUUUUUCUUUUUUUUUCUUUUUUUUUUUUCUAGAAUUAAAAUUGUUACAGAGUACAGGUUAGAUUUUUCUUACAUGAUGUGUGUAUGUACAUAGUGUGUAUGAAAAUAGGGAGACCUGAACCUAUAGUACACAGUAAUUAGAUGGUCGUUCUUUUUGAAAUUCAAGAACAGCAUCCUUAUCAUGGUUAAGUCUUUAUUUUUGGUUUUUUUGGAAUGUAAAAUUAUUGUAUAAAUAUUUCAUGCCAAACAGUAUACACAGUACAUCAGUUUGUAGCCGUAUUCCCCAGAAAAAAUGCCUGCCAUAAUUCUGAAGACAUUUGAUAAAAAUACUUUUGUUGAGACGCUGUCUAAUUAAUUAUAGAUAUUUUGUUUUAUUAAAUUUUCUUUCUUUAAUGUUUACUAAUUUCACAUUGUUGUGGAAGGAACUCUUUAUACAAAGUCCAAAGCAACAUGCUGUUAAGUAGGUCAGCAAUAGUCAACUGCAUGAUUCAUAUAAAAGCUAAAAAUCAAUGUAAGAAACAUUUCUGACAGAGGUGCAAUCAUUCAAUCAUGCAUGGAAUAUUUGGAAGAAACAAGCCAGAUCAGGAAAAGAUUGGGUAUAUUAGAUGGACUAUGAAAAAUACAGUAUCUGCUGCUGCUUUGAAAGCAUUUUAGGAAUGUUAUAUAAAAUGAGUGAGAAUUUAUUCUAGCAAAUAUUCUUUGUACUCAUUUCUGUAAAUAUUUAUAUUGAAAUGAUCUAAAAAUUAAAAGCCUAAAAGGAGACAUGGUAUCUUUCAUAAAUUUUUAAGCCCUCCCCUUUUUUUUUUUUAACUGACCAUUUAUAAUAAAUGCUUAAAACUGAAAUCUGGUCCUUGUUUUCACCACAAAUUGGCUUGUCCGGAUAAGUCUCUUCAUUAGUGCUGGGCCGAUGACUUUGAUUUUUUUUAAUUGAUUAGAAAAGAUCAUUGCAGAGUUCAUGUUAUAUUUUGAAUGUACUCUUCCCCCCGCAAAAAAAAAACAAAUUUAAGGGGGAAAAACAGGACAAACUGGGUGUCAGUGUCUCUUUAAUGAUUAUAGGUGUGGCAUCAUUGACAUAAA